CCGCACUCGCUCGUCUACCGCCGUACCGAGCACAUCCAAAAUCUCGGCAUAUCGCGAUAUCGCGUCGCGUGUUGUUCUGAUACCUUAUAUCAUACGAGUACGCAGUUUUAUUUUUAAGUUUGUGAAAAUAUUUACUACUAACAUCUCUUCCCCUCCUGUUACUCGAAAAAUCAACCCCUGUUUCUGAUAAACCUUAAAGACAAAAAUUUUUAAAUUAUUAAUUACUCAAAUUAUCGUUAAUUGUUAAAAUAUUGUCAAUAUUGGUGAAUAAGUGCAGCACUUAUUACGUGGCACGUGUUUAAAAGUUUUAAAAAAUACAGAGUUAGAAAAUAUGUAGUAUUUUAUGUGUCUGACCACCGCCGGGUAAAUCUCCUAGUUGUAGACGUAUCAAGUAGUUACUAACAUCACUAGUACACUGAGUAAUAGUAAACUAUACGAUGAUGUCAGUGUAAUUAUAGUUAUCAACGGUGUUAUAUUAAUUGACAAGAUCAAUAAAUAGAAAGCGUGGUGUAUUAAUAGCAAGCUAAACUAAAUUGAUACUUGUCUUGAUGGAUAAUCAAUAUAAUAUAAUAUAAUGCUAAUGAGUACUGACAAAAAAAUGUCAAUGUCACAGGGGUAAUUAGCCUGUUUUUAGUGAACGUUAAUUAAAACUUGGAAGAUAAAUAAUCCAUGGAACGGUUUGUGUAAUUUUUUUUUAAUUGAAAUAAUAAUUAUCAUUGUUUCUCAUUGUCAUUAUUUUUAUUAUUAAUUAAUCUUAGUGAGGCAAGGUGAUCUGUCGUGAUUGAAAAAUUAUUUUAAUUGUUAGAGUACGUACGUACCAGAAUAAAAAUAGUGAAUAAAAUAAUAGUGGAAUUUUAAAAGACUAUUUUCAUUUGAAAUUAGUGGCUGUGAUAUUUAUUGAGCGAAACUUUGUGAAUUAUUUAUUUGGUUUAGUUUUGCAAUAAAUAACAGCCUACGCAUGUGGUGCGUCGAGAUAAAAGAGCUAAAAAAGAAGAAGAAGCAGCGGUAACUCAAAUAGAACUAGUCCGCGAAUAGCUCGGAGUAAUCAGUAGAUUAAGUGUCUAUACUUAUUUGCGACGCGAAGUCGGUGGGCUCUCAGGCCCACCCAUCUAAUUGGUCAAGCUGGCGAGCGCUUUGACCGCUGGUAUGAACCCCCACCAUCCGGGCCACUCCACAGCCUACCCGCACCACCCCUCGCUGUCGAGUAGUCCGCACCAUCCUGGAGCCGGUGGGCCCCAUCACGGAGGAUACGGAACCCCUGGAGGCGGCAAUAGUGGCGGUGGAGGUGGCGCUGGAGGUGCCAGCAGCGGAGCAGGGAGCAAUAGUACCUCGACACCUGACCUUCCGAGUCCUCACUCGCCGCUAAGUCAUUCAGGACAGGGUGAUCCUGGCACUCCCUAUGGUUCCAUGUCUGGCACUCCGGGAAUGGGCAGCAAUGGACAUCUCCACGGCGGCGGUGGCAUGAUGGGUGACAAUCCUCACCACUCCGUUCACACACACCCCCACUUACCAGGACACCCUGCGUAUCCUCCUGUUAAUCACAAUAACAACAAUUGCUCCUUAAAGCAAGAGCCAGGUGUAACGCCUAUACAUCAGUGUGCGGGUUGUGGCGGGAUGAUAAAUGAAAGGUUUUUACUCCACGCGAUGGAGCGUUAUUGGCACAAUAAUUGUCUCAAGUGUAAUUGUUGCCACAGACCCCUGGCCGAUAUGGGCACAUCGUGUUACUACAAAAACAACAUGAUCCUCUGCAAACCCGACUACAUGAAAUUAUUCAACGCAGGUACUUGUCAACAAUGUCAAAAUCCAAUUCCAGCGAAUGAAAUGGUGAUGAAAGUGAAUAGCAAUCUAGUGUUUCAUACAAAAUGUUUCACUUGCAAUAAAUGCGGGAUUCAAUUGAUGACCGGCGACAAAUACUGUUUGCUCUCCGGUUACCCAAUUUGCGAGGCCGACUGGCACAAAGCAGUAAAGUCGUCAAACGUAUCUGCGGUGACGGCAGGAGUCACCGGCAACGGGAGCAAUACCCAAAGGAAGGCCAAGGUCGGUCGGCCGAGACGGAGCCGCGAAUGAGGCGGCAACCCGGUUGGUCGCCCGAAGAAGGUUCAGCCAAUGGCGCCUCUCGCCGCGUCGCCAGCCGCCCAAUCUCCGUCGUCAACCUCGGUCCAGGGAGCCGCGGUCCAGGCAUCUCCGUCAGGACUCGUGCAUCAACCUAGCCAAGUGGACGUCGUGGAUGUGGGCGUCGGGGGUGAACCCUACUCGCCGCCACCGCCGGGUCAUCAGCACUACCACCACCACCACCAUCACCACCAGCCACAUCAGCCGCCGCCGAUGGGUAUGGGCCUGCUAGGCCUGGCUCAUCACCAUCAGCCACCGCUCCAUCAUCACCUUCAGCAUCAGCAGCCUUCUUACCAGGAGUGGGUUCACUGGGGUGAGCCUUGUGACUGAAUUCCUUUUAUCGGACUUAACUAAAGUGGUUAUUCCUAUAAUUACUCUGUUUACUGUGAGUGACUCAGUGAAUAAGUUGAUUGUUCAAUAGGUAAAGAUUAUUAUUAUUAUUCAUAAAUUAAUUAAUUAAUUAAUUAAUUAAUAAAAUUAAAUUAAUUAAAAAAGUGUGUGAUAAAAUUUUAUCAACAAACACUUUACUUGUAAU